AUGGCCGGCCCACGUCGCUCGGCACGCACUUCUGCACAAACACAAACAAGCUCUAGUCCAGCAGCAUCGGCCAAGAGCAAUGGCACCAAGCGCAAGGCUGAGGAUGACUCCAUUCCCACCGACACCACGACUCAGAAGAAGCGCGGUCGCCCUUCCGAGGCUUCCAAAGAACAGAAGACGCUCGAGGAGACGAUGCCCACUGAAGACACCGUUCAGAAUGGCGACCAGAACGGCGGCAACGACAUCGAGAUGAAGCAAGCUAAUGCAGGAGCUGAUGCUCAGGGUAAGGAUGGCUUCGAGUGGCCAGCAGGUUGCUGGUUCUGGCUGGACAAUGCAACUUACGAUACAUCAGAUGCCAAUGGUGCGAACAAGCAUGGCAAUGAUGCAGACCUCAAGGAAGCUGGGGAGUCGUUCAAAGGCACGAACAAGGACGGCGAGAACAAGGACGACCCCGAGAAGGCCUUGAAAGACUCUCGCGGCGGCGCCGGAGUCAAUGCUCCCGAGGGGAAUGCGCUCGACCAGGUGAAGGCGGACGAGGACGAUGCGGGCGCGACUAGCAAGGAGGACAAGACUCACACCAACGAGACCCCAGCUACCGGCACCACUGCGAGGGAUGCCGUGCAGGAAGACAAGGAGCGCGAGAAAGAGCAGCCGAGCAACGUCAUGGAGAAAGGCCUGAUCUAUUUCUUCACACGUGGCAGAGUUGGGAUCGAAGAGCCAUCCAGUGUGCAGGACCUCCAGCGUAGCUUCAUGGUGCUAAGACCACUGCCACCAGGCGGCAAGCUCACUGAUGGCGCAGUUCAGGACAUCGGGAAUAAUCGCCUGGUGGCGCUGCCAAAAAAAGUAUUUCCUAAGAGCGGUCGCGAUCGAUUCAUGGUUUUCGUCGAGAAGGCGGGCGUGACGAUGGACACCUUGCGUGAAGAGUUCUUCCAGGGCUCUACGUACAGUACAAAGACGACAGGCACACGCCACACACCAGAGGUCACUCCCAUCGGCGAGGGAGUCUACGCUAUGACCUGGACUGGCAGCGGGCGCACUACCAACCACCUGUCAUACAUGCUGACGAUACCCCAAGAGAUCGGCGAGCUCCAGAAGGACGUAGGCAUUGCCGAGAAGGGCUCAUUCGUAUUAUCUUCCAAGAACCCCAACGCAUCCCAGCCAUCGUAUGCCGCAUUGCCGCAGAAGCCAGACUUUCCUCAGGAGAUCCAGGAAGAGUUCGGUAGUCUCGGCUGGCUUCCGACAAAACCUGAGCAUCUCAACUACGCCAAUGCCCAGUUCCUACUCAUCGGUGAAGACUUCACGGGCGAAGGUACUCAGAAGGACGAGAAGGACGACAACAAGGAGACGCCUGCUGAAGAGCUCGAGAAGCUGGAGCACGAGGAUGAGCUGCGUGUUGAGCAUCUCAAGGGCGACGACACUGUCUUUGCUGACCUCGGCAUUUCUGCAAAGGACUACCCAUCAGUCAAAACGACGUGGUAG